AUGUACCCAUCAUUUGCUACCAGUAUUCUCGACGAAAUCUACCGUUCCAUGGAUGGCGGGAACAAGAAAUGCCACGAAUUGAAGUUUUACAAUGAAGUCGUCAAGAAACAGAGUCAUGGCAGUAGUGUCAUGGACGAAGACACGGCGAGCCACCGCCGAGCAUGUCUCCUCGAGAACGAGAAAUCGAGGACUUCUUGUAUCACCGCAAAGAGGCCAAAGCCAGUGAAGACUACUCAUGUUUCGGAGAAAAUGGGGAAUUUGAAGAAUGAAGAUGGUUUGAUAAAGUUAAAAUUGAGAGUUUUAAAGAGUUUCAGCAAUUCAAAAUUGAGCUAUUUAAACUCUCUGUUCAGUAAUGGAAAUUCCAAGAAUACGAAUAACUCAAGCUCAUCAUCAACUGGAGGUUACAGGGAUGCACGUGUGGAGAGAAAAGCAAAGUCCACUCAAGCAUCUACUCGUUCAUGGCUAUCUUCAUAUUUCAGGUCAUGUUUAUAUAAAACCUCAAUGAAUUCGAAGGGGAAACCCAACAAUGGUGUGAAAAAGACUGUAACAUUCAAUCCGGUGAGCGUGAUCGUGGACGAAAAUGGUCGUCCUUGCGGCCAUAAAGGCAUAUAUGAAAACAGUUCCGGCAAGUAUGGGAUGGAAGAACUAAACCGCCGGCAAGUUCUUGUGGAAAAGAGUAGGAAAAUUGAAGAGGCAGCGGCCACGAGAGAGAUUUUGAAAGGGUAUGCAAAGAAUGCUAUGGUGCUCAACGAAGACGACUAUGACGAUGCGGUUAGUGAUUCGAGCUCGGAUUUGUUCGAGGUUGAUCACUUGGCAUUUACUGGGAAUAACAGUAGUAGAUUUUGCGAGGAAUUUCCAGUUUAUGCUACUGGCUUGAUUCGUUAG